AGUUUAUUACGUCAUGUCACAACGCAACAAAUCCGCCUUCUUUUUUUGCUUAGUGGCAGACAUGAUUUGAUACCAACUUUAUUAUGUCAAUGUUAAUAACAUCCAGGUAAAAAAAUAGGUUAUAAAAUAAAAGAUUAGUUUGACCCCUAAAGCCGGUCUUUAGCCGGCAGGCUACCGCUAGAAUUUAAGUCUAUUUAGACUGAAAUCGGGAAAAUAGCUUCACAAGCAGGCACUAGUCAACAGGAAAAUAGCAACGUCUCUGUGACCGGAUUUGAUCUUGUAGGUACAGAGAAGUCAACACACCAAAAUGCCUGCGCCGGUUUUAAAUAUGACAGAGGGUCUGCCCAUAUCGGAAAUAACGUUACACCGAGGAGAAACAGGCUUAGGUUUUAACAUCAGAGGAGGCACAGACAUCCCACAUUUCAAAGAGGACACGGGUAUAUUUGUAACUAAGCUCAAAGAAGCUGGUGCUGCCUACAGGGAUGGUCGUUUGAAAGAAGGAGACAAAAUUUUGGAGGUGAAUGGACACAAAAUUCAGUCAGUAACCCACAAUGAAGCUGUCCAGAUAUUCAUCACUGCUGGUGAGACAGUGCAUUUGAAGGUUCAACAUGGUGCUGAGGAAUACAUCUUGAAACAACUAGAAGCAAGAAAAGGUGGAGGUGGUGGCCUUAUCAUUUUGGUUCUUCUUGGUUUGGCUGUUGCGGCAGGAGUUGGCUUCUUCAUUCUCAAUAAAAAAUGAGCUUGGUAUAACUUAAGCUGUGUAGAAAUCAACAAAAACUUGAAUGCAUUCUAUUUAGAAACUAUUUUUUACUGCAUAUUUGAUUUGAAUUAUAAGAAAUAUUUUGUAAUUAGUAGAAAAUGUAAACAAUUUGAUCUAAUUUCAUUGAUGAAUUGGAUGUGUUAUAAUAACCUAUAUGCAGUUCAAUCCUAGCAGAACAAAUUAAAAGAGGCUGAUUCCACAAAUAGAGAAAAAAAAUGUCCAGCUUUGAUAUCUCUUGUAACAUUAUUGAAUGAGAGAAAAAAAAACAUCUUAAUAUUAAAUGAUUACAUUAAGAAAUCAUCUAAAAACAAAAAAAAUGUAUAUAGUUUUUAGUGAAUGAACAGUUUUUUAUUUUUUAUUUGAGGAAAGUUAUUCCUUGUAAUGAUUGAGAAUAUCAUUAGGUCUGAACACAACUGUAUGUCCCUCCAGUCCAAAGGUCUCAAUUGUAAGUCCCUUCACCCCACACGUUUUUGCUUAUCAUUCAAUUUAAAAUGAAAAAAUAUUUGUCGACGUCUUUCAGUGUGUAUUUUAGCCAUUUCUCCAAAAUUGCAGACAAUUAAUUUUAAGUACCAGUAUUUUAAGUUAUGUUUUAAGCAAGUUCUUUUAAACAUAGAUAUUUUGUAGAUGAUUAAUUUAUUGUCACAAGAAAUUAGUCUACCCAUUAGUUACUCUAUAUUUUAAGGUAGAUUCUAGGUAAUCUACUGAUCUUCUAGAAGUUUGUAAUAUACCUUUUUUUUUAUUAUUAUUUAUUUGAACAGAUGUGCAUAGACGUUUAUAAAUCUGUUACAUUGAGCAUAACUAUUCAACCAUUGAUGAAUGAUGUUUUUUUGUUUUUUUUUAACUGGCACUCAUCUCCAUUAACUUCCUUGUGUGAUUGUGAGAACUAUAUCCUGUCCUAUUGCCUGUUAUUGUUAACCAGCCAGAUCUUAUAUUGGUGAUAAACCACCAACAAUUUGUAUAUCUUAAUUUGCUGCAUUAGCAAUACAUAAGAAAAACCAAAACCCCAUAAGAAGGUAUUACUAAUGUAUUUGUUCAUGUUGUGAAUGAAAUAUUGUGCCACUUGAAGUUUCCAUCAUAAAACAAAAGAUACUGAGAAAACUAGACAAGGAAUCAUCAAUAAAAAGCACACAAUAAUUAA